GAAGAAGAAGAAUAUGUCACAUCCGGCUGAUAAACGUCACUUCCCUGCUGAAGUUCGCAGUUAGUUAAUAUGUCUGCUUCAGAGAAAUAAAAGUGAAAGAAAUACCAACCUUAUACUCACAGGGACGGUGUUGCAACUUGAAGAAGUUCUCGGAAGGCUAGUACCACCGAGGAUUGAAGAUGUUUUCCUUCACCGUUCAACCACAGGUGAAAAAAGGCGGAAAUGAGAGGCCAAGCUGACGUUAGCUCUGUUGUUGUUUUGGUUGAUAGGAGUUUGCUAGCAUGCUAAGUUAACCUUAGCCUGUUCUCAUACAAGACACUCUGUUGACAACCUAUUGUCACUGUUUUUUUAACUUAGAGAUAAAAAUAUGUACACCAGCAAGCACAGUGUUGUCUCAGUAUUUAGACAGUUUAAAAAUAUAUACAUCUGCGGGCCGGUGAGAUGAUCCUCAGUCAUGUCGCUAAUGUUGUUGUUGCAGCAUUCAUUCUGUCCUUCAUUGUCAGAGAGAAAACUAAGAAAACAUGAGGAUUUAUAUUUAUAAUCAAAAGAUCAUUUUAAAAUAACAGUGUGUUUUCUUUUUUAAUCAGUGCUGGAUGCUGCGUCGAUAUCUGUAUUGGGAUCUUGUUGAGUCAGCUGUGGUUGGUUUUGUUUGUGAUCAUCACGAACUUCCCUGGUAGCUCAAUGCCAUUCUCUCUCUCUCUCUCUCUCUCUCUCUCUGUCUGUUUGAAAACAUGUGAUCACAGGUUACUGUACCCCUCAGCCAUCUUAUCAAUGUCCUCCACUCUAUGAAGAGUUCAGUUGGAAGCAGCAGUAGUGUAUCCUGCCCAUUGAGAGCACACAAGGAGCAUGUCUCAGACUCAGAGCGACACUGCACAGAGGUAAGACGAAAGUAAGAUGGAAGUUGUAGACCCCUUCUAAUAAAACAAUCAUGCUCUUAAUGGUGAAAUGUCUGUGUGCACAGCCCAUGUUGAGCCUGCGUGAGCUCGGCUUAUCAGACCUGGGAGCACUGCAGCUGGAUGAGCUAGAGAAACAUAUGUUCCCACGCUUAAGUCCACAGGAGGCGCCACAGACAGCAUGGAGGACCUCACAUCUGUCUACACACUCUUUUUUCUCCAAUAAGUAUGGUGAGAAUACUCAACUUCAAACUGCACUGAAGGAAAGGAAACACACCCUCCUCUCUUGAGAUGUCAGAGUACUUUGAACGGAGAAACUCUGGACUUGUGGAUGUCAGCCUUUAUAAGUCAAAUUAUAUGGUCAGCUGUAUGUUUCUGUGCUUGUGUCCUAAAAUAUUUCUUAGCUGCCACACAACUCUUAAGUUAAGCUGCUUGAUCAAGUCUUUUGUGUACUUGGUCAUCAAAUACCUGUCCACACGUACAGCACAAAGAAUCAGGCAGAUUGAAUAUAAACCAGUUGGAAUUCAUCAGGAUCUCUGAAGUCCUCAUUAUCAUUAAACUUUUUUGGGGGGGUUCAGAGAGAAAAUAAUAAUAAAUUGUCUUCUGUUCACAGGUUUCUCAUAUGGUCUUACACCAGUGUCAGCCCAGUUGUUCUCCAAGCAGCAUCUGUCACCUCUUCAGUGUGUCAGCACAGAGCUGCAGUACUGGCCAGGUAACCUUUUCUAACUGAUUUAGAUCUUUUUGUUUUUGCAUCUUGGAAUUGACAAAGAUUGAUUUGCUGCUAUUUCAUUGUUUUCAUCUUGAAUUUCGUAUUUUUAAUACAUCAGUUGUAAAGUACCAGCAAAAGUCUGUUUAGUCACAAUGUUUGGGAAAGUCAGAGUUGAAUGAUUUGAAAAAUUUUAAACCUUACAAUAUAAUUUCUAAUCAUGUACCCUCUGUGUAUUUUAAGUAUGGGUCCCGAGCAGAGGCUUUAAAACUUUAAGGAACAAAACCAGACGACUGCAGGCAGGCCAUGACCGCCCCGUGGAAUCUGAAGGGUUCACACCAUCUUUCAUGAAGGUGAGAUUACAUGCUUUAUAUGUUUAAGUUAAAUCUUUAAGCUUAUCAUGGACAAAUAAUUAUUUCUUAAGGAAUAUCCAUGAUAUACUUUAUAAGUAUAUUGAAAAAAAAGUUUGAAAGUCUUAAUAUGCAAGUUUAACUUGAUGAGCAAUGUCUUCUUCUCAUUACCAUAGACCUGCUGAGAUUUCUAACUGAUCAACAUUCAGCCCAGUUCGAAAAUCCUUAACAUAUCACUGCAGUUUUUUUUUUAUUAUGGGUUUUGUCAAAUAAAAAAGUUUAGUUAGAAACUUUUAUUGAAGCUUCUUCUUCCAAAACAAGAGUAAAAGAUGGCAAUUGAUGUACUGGGCUCUUGUAUUUUUCAAAUACUAUGUCUGUGCUGAAAUACAUUUACAUACAUAUGUGAAAGCUUCUCAUCCGUUUUCUGUGGUAUUACAGGGUUUUCUUUCACGGGACAAAGGGUUUGAGGUUGAAAGUGUUGACAGCCUUGUGAAGACAAAGAACAUACCUGAUGGACAGCAGGAAGCUUUCAAGAGAGGCUUUGCUGAGGGCUUCCUGAAAGCCCAAGCUCUGACACAGCGCACACAAGGUGCAUUUUACUACAAACGCACACUGCUAGCAUUCUGAAGAACCAUUAAUAUACAUUAAACAGUGCUGAUGCAAAGAUUGUUUUUCAGACUCUCUUAGGAGGACUCGUCUUAUCCUGCUGGUGCUGCUUCUUGUGGGUCUCUAUGGUAUCUCAAAGACCCCUUUCAUAUCGGGUAAAGGCUCCUUUUCUCCUUUUAAAGCUGCUUUAUUAUCUUAUUUUGUUCAUGAAAUGGCACAAAAUACACUGACCUGUUGAUUUUUCAUACAACCCUAAUUCCAUAAAAGUUAAGGUGUUGUGUGUAAUGUUCAUAAAAAACAGGAUUUCAUGGUUUGCUAAUCAUUUCAACUCUAUAUAUUAGAUUUUUUAAAAAAUGCAAAGACAACAUGUCAGAUGUUGAAACUGAAAAAUGUUUUUGUUCGUGAAAAAGUGUAAUCUGAUUCCAAACUUGAUAACAGGAACAAUUUUCCAACAUUUGAGGCAGGGGCAUGUUUACCACUGUGUUGCAUCACCUCUUCUUGUUACAGUGCUGUAAAUGUUUGGAAAUCUAGGAGACCUCUUUAAGGGGUUUUGAUAGUUACAUGUUGUCCCAUUCCUUGCCUGAUAUGGAAUCUCCUUUGUUGUAAUUUUUGUGUCAUGACAACUGAAUAUUUUUAAUAGGUGGCUAGCAUGUGCUGACAAGCAGGGCAAGCUGGGAAACUAGACAGGGCUCUUCUACUUCAGAGCCAUGCUAUUGUGAUGCAUGCAAAUUUAACUUUGGCAUCAUUUUGCUUUUUUAUGCAAGUUCUCCCCUGAAAAAACGAUAGUCUGAAUGGUAGCAUGUUGCUCUAAAGCCUGUAACGCUCAGCAUUAAUGGUGCCUCCCCAGAUAUGUAAACUAGCCAUACCAGGGGCGCUUAUGCACCCCCAUACCAUUAUGGAUGCUUGCUUUUGGACUGUGGGUUGAUAACAAGCUGGCCCCUAGACAGGAAAGUCAAUUUUUGAUUCGUCAGACUACUGGACAAUUUUGUCACUUUGCCUCAGCCUAUCUUAGAUGAGCGAGGGGCCUAGAAAAGUCACUGGUGUUUCUGGAUUGUGGUCUCCUUUUAAGGCAGUAUCUGUGGCUGUUGAAACAAACUGUGUUUACAGACGAUGAUUUUGGGGAGUGAUUUUGAGCCAGGGCAGGGAUUUCCACAACAGAGUCAUGUCUGUUUUUAUGAUGCAGUGAUGCUGACUCAAAGAUCAUGGCUGUACAGUAUCAGUUUUGGGCCUGGGCUCUUAUGUACAGAGAUUUCUGCAGACGCUCUUAAUCUUUUAAAGACAUAAUGUACUGGAGUCAAUGCAGUCCUGCAAUUCUUUUGGAAUUUUACACCCGCAUACGUUAUCAUAAGAUCACUGAACUAUAUCCUAACAGAAUUAGUCCUCUCUGAAAUGUUGUUUAUUUACUCAGCCAUGUUACUAACCGGUUACAAAUUCAUCGAUUAAGUUGGGAGGUUUUCCUCUGGAUUUUUUAGCAUUGCCAUUUCCAGUGUUUUGUUGUCCCAGUCCCAUCUGGUUCAAGUUAUUUUACUGCCAUCAAGUUUCAAAUAUGUACUUUCAUAAAAGCGUCAAGUCAGCAUUUGAUAUUGUCUUUGCACUAGUGUCCCUCAAAUGCAGGGGUGGGCAAUCAUUUGCCAUGGAGGGCCGAGAGGCUGCAGGUUUUCUUUCCAACCCAAAACUCCACCAGGUGAUUUCACUGAUUACCUUACCUCCAAGCAGAGAGCAGGGACUAAUCAGUGAAAUCACCUGGUGGAGUUUUAGGUUGGAAAGAAAACCUGCAGCCUCUCGGCUCUCCAUGGCACAUGAUUGCCCACCCCUGCUCAAAUGGGAUUUAAAUCAUUUUUAAACUACAAAAUUCUCGUUAGCAUCACCACAAGUAUGAAAUUGGGGGUUGCAUAAUAAUCUAACAUUUGCCUGUAGAAGUUGUGUUUGCAUAUGAAACAAUCAACACUUUUUGGAGAUGAAUUAAACGUUGUGUAACAAGUAGAUGAUUGUGCCUUGUUCUAACCAGCAGUAUUUGAAUAUUAACAGAUGCAUUCAGUUGUGUUUCUUAGAUAACUGUCUGUAAAAAGCAGCAUGUAUGAGAGAGCUCAUUAACCCCGCCAUGCAGUGUGAUUUUCGAACUUUAAUCUAACCAUUUUGGACAGUGCGGUUCCGAACCACAACAGGCCUGGACUCAGCGGUGGAUCCUGUCCAGAUGAAAAACGUGACGUUCGAGCACGUCAAAGGUGUAGAGGAGGCGAAAAAUGAGCUGCAGGAGGUGGUGGAGUUCCUGAAAAAUCCACAGAAGUUCACAGUUUUGGGGGGGAAGCUGCCAAAAGGUAAAACUGUUUAACUGUGCAUUUGAAACAAGGUUUUUUUUUUUUUUUUACUGUAUGAUGAUCUUUUAUGAGGAAUAUAGCUGAAUCCAGAGCUCUGUUUUGUACCAAUCUCUUAUCCCCCUUCCCCUUUCUCCUCUUCAGGUGUUCUGCUGGUCGGCCCCCCCGGGACAGGAAAGACUUUACUGGCCAGAGCAGUGGCAGGAGAGGCAGACGUGCCCUUCUACUACGCCUCUGGUUCUGAGUUUGACGAGAUGUUUGUUGGUGUGGGAGCCAGCCGCAUCAGGAACCUUUUCAGUACGAUGACUAUUUUCUGGUUUGAUCACUUUAUCAUCACUAAUAAUUGACCUGUUUUGAUUGUAUUAUGGCGUGAUUGGAUGAAAGCCUCAUGUUUGUGUUUUGUUUUUAUGCUAGGGGAGGCUAAAGCUAAUGCUCCCUGUGUGAUCUUCAUUGAUGAACUUGACAGCGUGGGUGGAAAAAGGAUUGAAUCUCCUAUGCACCCUUACUCCAGGCAGACUAUCAACCAGCUGCUUGCUGAGAUGGAUGGGUAAUCUCUUCGAUUAUGUGUUGCAUGUGAACACUUCGGGAACACGGAAAUCAUGCAUUUGGCUUACAUCAGGUUUUAGUCUUUGCCCCUCUAGAAAUAUGGUAGUUUUAAGUUUUUUGUUAUAGGCAUCUAAAUAUACGUCCUCCUUGCACUGUUAUGCAGACACUGACCUGUAUGCAUCCUGUGAUAUUUCUGCAGGUUUAAAACAAAUGAAGGUGUGAUCAUCAUCGGAGCAACAAACUUCCCAGAGGCUUUAGAUAAGUAUGUUCAGCCCUGCACCUCUAAAACCCUCUUAUAGUCUGUUCAAAUGUCAGAGCCGACCACAUACUUCUACAAAUGUCAGAAUUAACAGCCCUCACAGUCACAGCUGUUUUGGUGCUGACUAACAGAGUUGUAUGAUGUUUUAUAAAUCAUCGGACCCUCUUUUUGUAGUGCCCUGAUCCGUCCAGGACGCUUUGACAUGCAGGUGACUGUCCCCAAACCUGACGUGAAGGGACGCACAGAGAUCCUCAACUGGUAUCUGAAGAAGAUCAAAGUUGAUCCAGGUGUGUUUAUUAUUACAGUAUGGUAUUUUAAACACACAGCACUGUGGCACAACAUAGAGCACACUUUGUUUUAAAAAGUUGUCAUCAGAUGAAGUCCAGUGUGCCUGUUUUUGACAGUGAUGAGAUCUCUGUUGUUGCUGUUUGUCCUUUCUGCAGCUAUCGAGGCCAAUAUCAUCGCCAGAGGCACAGUGGGCUUCUCAGGCGCUGACCUGGAAAAUCUGGUGAACCAGGCCGCCCUGAAGGCAGCAGUGGAUGGCAAAGACAUGGUCACUUUGAAGGAGCUGGAGUUUGCCAAAGACAAAAUCCUCAUGGGUAAGCAACCAGGACAAGUUACAAGUUGUAUUAUUAAAGUAUUAUUAAGUAUUGUUAAAGUAUUAUUAUUAAGUAUUAUUAAAUUAUAUGAAAAAAAACCUCUUACUUAGUUUCAGGGUAAAAUCUGCCCAGCAGGGUGUUGAAAAUCAGAAAAAAAAUCUGUCCUUUGUGGAAGAAGGUUAAAUGAGCGACUGUUUAAGAUUAAAUCACAUCUCUGAAGGGAAUAAUGAAAGCUUUAAAAACAUAAUUUACACAAAGGCUUUUCUAAUAAAAGUUUACUUUGGCCCCUGUUGCAGAUAAAUUAAUACUGACAGCUAAAUAAAAUAAUCAACAACUGUGAAUUAAAAAACCCUGCUUCAGACUCAGCUAUGAUAUUUUUUCAACUACUGUAUCCCUAAAGAGGGUAAUUGAAAUAAAUCCAGUAAAUAAUAAUAAUGACGAGAUAACAUAUUGAUUUUAACAAUGACUCUGCACUGCUGCUACCUCAUCCAGGUCUGUCUAGUAAAUAAGAUUUUGAUCUCAGGAGGACUUUCUGAUGAUAUACAGGUUGAAUAAAGAAUAUUAUGAAAGUAAAAACAUGUUUACUUUAGUUCAUUCUGUUGACUCGAUUUUGCUGCUUCAUUUUAAUUUUUUUGUACAAUAAUAACAGGGCUUUCAAAAGUCUGCUGCCACAUUAAAGCCUGGUCUGAUACCCUUUUCUCUAGAAACAAUCAUGACUCAAAUUCAAGUUUAAAGCUACUACUCUCCUACAUGUAAUUAUCUGUUACGGCAACAGCUCAUGCAUUAUGACUAGGGUUUUUUAAUCAUUUUUAAUCCACACUGUUUCCAAUGUUGUGAUUCAUUUCUUUUUUCUUCUUUUCCAGGUCCUGAGAGGAGGAGUGCAGAAAUAGACAAGAAGAACAAGCUCAUCACAGCGUACCAUGAAUCAGGCCAUGCCAUUGUAGCUUACUACACCAAAGAUGCCAUGCCCAUUAACAAAGCCACCAUCAUGCCCAGAGGCCCCAGCCUGGGUCAUGUAAGGAAACCUCGACACAGUAACACAAUAGUAAUGCAUAUCAACACUUCUCUGUGCUCCACUCCCCUCGAGUUUAUCCUCUCUCACUCUGUCCUUAUCGCCUUUUCUCAGGUGUCGAUGCUCCCAGAGAAUGACCGCUGGAGUGAGACUCGUUCUCAGCUUCUGGCCCAGAUGGACGUCAGCAUGGGCGGUCGUGUCGCUGAGGAGAUUAUCUUUGGUAGUGAGUACAUCACAACAGGUGAGAAAGAGGUCCUAAGAGAGCCAUAAAUUGUUCUGGACAAAGACCAGAGUUAAAAAAAAAAAAAAAAGCACCAAACUCAUGAGUCGUCUUUACCACAAGGUGCAUCGAGUGACUUUGACAGCGCCACCAAGAUUGCUAAGAUGAUGGUGACCAGAUUUGGAAUGUGUGAGAAGGUGAGUGGAGAGAAAAAAGAGGCUGUCAAGUUUCAUGUUCUUUAAAUCCUCCAAUAUCCCUGAAUCUCACUCUUCCUCCUGUCUUGUAGUUGGGUGUGAUGACAUACACUGACAUGACAGCUCAGAGUCCAGAGACACAAGCAGCUGUGGAGCAUGAAGUUAGGGUCUUGUUAAAGGUUUGUCAUUUUUUCACAAAGAAAUCGUUAGAAGAAUCGCCCAAUGAGCUUCCUUGAAAAACUUCUGUCAUUAUCUCCUGCUUCUCCAGGAUUCCUACGAGCGUGCCAAAGCCCUGCUGAAGUCUCACGCCAAAGAGCACAAGAACCUGGCCGACGCUCUGCUCAUGUACGAGACUUUGGAUGCCAAAGAGAUCCAGCUGGUCCUGGAGGGGAAAAACCUGGACAGUAGAUGAAAGUACAGAGGACAGCAAGAAUCAAGGGGCGGUAAUGGGGAGAGGGAAGGGGUCUGAUUUUAUGAGCUCAGGGGUCGUGGUUGGAGAGAGAGACUCAGGUCAGUGAAUCAGAAGGGACUGUGUUAAACCUUCAUGCUGAGUUUUUUGUGUAAUUUGAUCAAUAUUCCCCGAUUAAGUAACGCUGUGAUACAAUAAGAGUUGAACAGGGUCUUUCUGUGUUCAGAGGUGGGCAGGUGGAUUCCUUCAUUUAAAGCAGGAAUGGUUCCCUUUCUUUAUUUCACAGGUUACAUGAGAUAUCACCUGAAUGUAAUCAUGCGCCAAUGUAAAAGCAGCACCUAGACACGACUCCGUUUUAGUUUAAAUAGUUCAAAAAAGAAGUUAAAAUUUGGUCAAAGUCUCAGCUGCAGAUGGAUAUGUAAAAGAGGAAAACUGAAUGAAGUAGAUAUUUAACUCUUCUGUGCUAUAAAGGCUGUAAAACCUGAACCAAAUUCCAGCUCCUUUUUUACAGUGGUUUUUUCACUUUUCAUUAAUGUGUCUUGAGCUCGGGAUUCCUUCAUCCACACCUCGCUGUCUCUUCAUGCUGCAUUUGGUCUUUCCAUCUGAUCUCAUCGUUUGAUGCUCAUGCACAAACCUCUUUCUCCCCUGCUUCACCCUCUUCAUCCAGCAUCCUUGUUACUCAUUUUUUAAUGGUGGCCUUUUAGGGAAUGUACUGUAAGAGCAAAACAAAUGUAUAUCUUUUUAGGUAGGAAGUGUAAAAAGUUAUAAACUAUUAUGUCUCAGCACUUUAGGAAAGUGUACAAACUCAAAUGCACUUGUGAACUCUUCAUGUAAUUUAUUUCAUUGAGUCUGUGUGUACAGAUCGAACGUUGCUGCUCGGCCUUGAAAAGCAUGACACAAAUACACGCUGGGUUUAUGUAAUGAUAGAGCACUUGAACUUAUAGGAUUUUAAAGAUGCAGAAUUGGCGUUAUUUAUUUAAAUAGUGUGAAUCCUGCUUGGAAAUUUGUAUUAUCUCUUGCAAAAUGGAAAAAAAGUGGACUGAGGCUUUAAUCUUUGGUUUAUUUAGACAAAAAGCAAGGCCAGCUCUGCCAGGACUCACCAUUCGCCCCCUCUUUCAUUCCCAGUUCAGAGCAGGAGGAUUUUCUCACAUCUUUUUAAGAGUGUAUUUCUGUUUCAACACAUUUCAAACAGUUUAGUGGGAGAAAUUCAGAUUUAGACCUGUUUAAUUAGAAAGCAACAUCAAGGAUUUACAUCUGAAUCCUAUUUGGCACUGAUGCAUCCAAAUAAGAAUUAAAUGUUUAAAUGUUCUAAAUAAAAAGACAGAGCAGAAAGAGUAUUUAUGGGUCAUACCAAUCAUAGCUUUUGUAAAACUCUCACUCUUAUCAAGAUGACAACCAGCACAUUAAGUUAUACUUCAUGAGGUUUCCAUUUUCAGUCACUGCUUCAACACGAGACACAAUUACUUCAGUCUGUCAACCUUUUACCCAUGUUAAUGUGUAUAUAUGAUUGUGGUGUUGUGGGAACAUUGUAAAUAGAUGUAUAGUAAUGCUUUUAUGCUGUGAACACAUCAAAUAGCUGUCUGCCAGUGACUGACAAAGUCUCUCAACAAUGUGAUGGCAAUGGUGAAUGAAUGUUCGUGCAGCUGGAAUAAAUAAAGAAAAACAUUUGAGAUCUUUG